GUCGCUACCUGCGGCCGCCUCUCGUUCUGUCUCGCAACGACCAAGGGCAGAAGAGACGAGCGAUGGUGUCGCUGAAGCUCCAGAAGAGGCUCGCCGGAAGCGUCCUCAAAUGCGGGAGGGGCAAGGUCUGGCUCGACCCCAAUGAGGUCAACGAGAUCUCCAUGGCGAACUCUCGCCAAAAUAUAAGAAAGCUUGUUAAGGAUGGUUUUAUCAUCAGGAAGCCAACCAAGAUUCAUUCGCGAUCUCGUGCAAGGAGGGCACUUGAAGCUAAGAGAAAAGGGCGACAUUCUGGAUAUGGGAAGCGCAGGGGUACAAGAGAAGCUAGGCUUCCGACUAAGGUCCUUUGGAUGCGUCGGAUGCGAGUUCUUAGACGGUUGCUUAGGAAGUACCGUGAGUCGAAGAAGAUUGACAAGCACAUGUACCAUGACAUGUACAUGAAAGUCAAAGGUAACGUUUUUAAGAACAAGAGGGUGCUGAUGGAAAGUAUUCAUAAAUCCAAAGCUGAAAAGGCAAGAGAGAAGACCUUAUCUGAUCAAUUUGAAGCUAAACGUGCCAAGAGCAAGGCUAGCAGAGAAAGGAAGAUUGCCAGGAGGGAGGAACGCCUGGCUCAGGGGCCUGGAGACCUAGUACCCGCCACCGCCCAAUCCGAGGUUCGCAAGAAAUCUAACAAGUAAUGGAUAACAUGACUCCCGGGUCGCAAUGGAUCAUUUCUUUCUUAUGGGUUUUAGAGAUGUUGCAAGACCUAGAAGCUCGCUUUUAUAUCAUUUCCGGAUGUUUGUUAUGUUUUGUUUUGAAGGAGUUGGUGAUCAUGUAUGCAAGUUUUUGAUAUUACCAUUUUUUUAUAAUGAUCUAGAAAGUCAAAAUCUUUU